UAAUUUCUGAAAGCUCAUUUUGUUUAUUUUUUACACCGCCCUGUUCCUGUUUUGGGGACACAUAACUUUUCUCAUCUCCGUAAAGAUAUUAACUAUGGUUCUUCUGGGCCUUCUUUCGUUUCCUGUGCUAGUUCCUUCUCUGUGUUAUUUUUUAAGUUCCUUUGUUAUGCUGGAGCCUUUCUUCAUAAGCCUCGUGAUCCUCUGCUCUCCGGUUGUAUUUAAAAGUGAAACACUAAAAAUCCGAUUUCAGUGUUUUCCUGUGCAUGUCAGCAGGGCUCGCGGGGGAGCUCUGGGAGGCCUCGUGAUGAACUUUUAUGUGGGGAACCCCCCCUUGUCUGUACCCAGAGGUCUCUUCUCUGGGAUCUCAGAGAAGGAGAAGCGUCGUGCACAUGCUGCCUCCUGGUCGUCUGAGUGUAGGAUGGGAGGAGGGCGGUCCAGCUUCAACACUAAACUCUUCAGCCUCCCCCUUCCCAAGUCUCCAGCAGAGCGACUUCCUCUUCCAGGCGUCCCAAUGUCCGCGUCAGGGCGGCCAGCGCUGCCCACGCUGCUGCUGGCCGUGGCCAUGUCUUCUUUCUGCUCGGCCGCAUCCGGAGACGAAGCACGAAACCGGCUGUUGAUGAGAGAGGAGAUGAUGCGUAUUGGGGGGCAGCUGGUGCUGAAGCAGGAGGAGGAGCUGGCCAACCAGAGGCUCGGGGCCCUCAAGGAGGCUGAGAUGCAGGAGGCCCUGAGGGCGGGGAGCAUCCCGGCCAGCAUGCACUUCUUCCAAGCCAAGAGCCUCAUUGAGCAAAGUGCAGUGUUCCACAUCCUGAAGAAGAUGCCGAAAGGGGCUGCCUUACACAUCCACGACUUCAGCAUCGUCAGCGUGGACUGGCUGGUGAGAAACGUCACCUACAGGCCCCACUGCUAUUUCUGCCUCACCCCGAGGGGGACCCCGCAGUUCAGAUUUGCUCGCUCGACUCCCCCCACCCUGAACACAACAGAAUGUCCCGCGUGGGUUUUGCUGGAGAAGUUUCGAAAGGGGCUGCCGAACGUCACCGAGUUUGACCACAGCCUGCUGAGGAAUUUCACUCUGGUGACCGAGAACCCCCAGGAGACUUAUGCAAACCAAGACGCAGUCUGGGCCAAGUUCGAGACCAUCUUCUUCGCGAUCGCGGGCCUCGUGAGCUACGCCCCGGUAUUCCGAGACUACAUCUCCCAGGGCCUGGAGGAGUUCUACCAGGACAAUGUGCUGUACCUGGAGCUCAGAGCCAUGCUGUACCCGGUGUAUGAACUGAACGGGACGGUCUACAGCCCAGAGUGGUCGGUGAGGUUGUACGAAGAAGUGGCUCGUAAUUUUGCAAAAGAGCAUCCUGGGUUUAUCGGAAUCAAACUCAUUUAUUCGGAUCACAGGUCCAAAGAUGCGUCCACCAUCACGAAAUCCAUCCAGACAGCCAUGGAGCUUCGAGCCAAGUUCCCCGGGAUGGUGGCGGGGUUUGACCUGGUGGGGCGAGAGGACACGGGCCACUCCCUGUAUGACUACAAGGAGGUUUUGAUGAUUCCAGCCUCGCGGGGCAUUAAGCUGCCUUACUUCUUCCACGCCGGAGAGACAGACUGGCAGGGUACCUCUGCAGACAGGAACGUUCUGGAUGCCCUGAUACUGAACGCGACCAGGAUUGGCCAUGGGUUUGCUUUGAGCAAACACCCGGCCGUCUGGGCUGAGGCUUGGAAGAAGGACAUCCCCGUCGAAGUCUGUCCCAUCUCCAACCAGGUUCUGAAGCUGGUGUCUGACCUAAGAAACCACCCUGCAGCUGUGCUGAUGGCCACCGGGUACCCCAUGGUCAUCAGCUCUGACGACCCCGCUACGUUUGGCGCCAAAGGCUUGUCCUAUGAUUUCUACGAGGCCUUCAUGGGCAUCGGGGGGAUGACAGCCGAUCUGAGGACCCUCAAACAGCUGGCCGUGAACUCCAUCAGGUACAGCGCCCUGUCGGAGCCGGAGAAGCAGUUUGCCAUGGCAACCUGGGAGGAGAGGUGGCAGAAGUUUGUGGCCCAGCUGGCAAGGGGCCCCGAGUGAGGAGACGGCCGUCUGUCAUCCACUGCCUCUGCUUCCCUCCGCCCCGGCCUCGCCUUCUCUCCGCCGGUCUGGAACCCAGGGAAGUCACCUCCGUCUCUUUACCAGAACCGACGUGCGAAGGCCACCCUCAGCCUCCACCUUGCCCGAACUCUCAGAGCCCUCAUCAGUGGACCCCACACACCUCGUGGAAUGUCCUCCCUCGGCCUCGGUGACACAGCCCCUCCGGGUUCCUGCUUCCCUCCGGCCGCAGCUCCCGGGGGGGCCCCGUCCCCGAGCUCCUCUCGGCUGGUCUCGGGUGGGCGUCCCUCAGCUCAGCCCUGCACUUUGGUCUCCGCUGCUUCCCUCCCCUUUUCUCUCUUCACUCCACACUCUUCUCCUGGGUGGUCUCGUCCACUCCUUCCCUUUAGAAACUGCGUACUUGAUGAUGAUUCCCAAACCUGUGGGUGAUUCCCAAUCAAUACACUCGAUGGCCCACAGGAGCCUCGGAGACCAGCUCCGAGCAACGCUUCCCUCCCAGGCGCCUCAGUGACUGGCAUGUCCCUCCCCGCGGCGCAGAGGUCGUCAGAGGAGUUCUUGCUGCCCCUGUUCACCCACCCUCCCCACACCGCUGCUGCCUGCCCUGCAGCCGCUGUAUGAGCUCUGGCCUGACUCGCAACAGUCCCUAGCUGCUCUCUCUCUUCUCUUUGCCCUUUCCAGC